AUGUUUUCCUUUGCGUCCUUGCUGCUGCUUGCAGCAGCGGUGAACGCGUCUGUACUAACUCUACACUCUCCCAGAUUCUCUGUUACCUCUUCUGGCGGUCCCCAUCUGCGUUCAGAGCCCAUCUCAUUGGUGCACAAAACACCCGAACCUGUCACUCUUUCACCAACGGACAUGCUAAAAUUGACUUUCCAAGUCAUCGAUGCGGAUAGUGGAAAGGGCGUACAACCGCAGCAGACGUUCCUUCGUUUCUAUGAUGAGGAGUCUGGGGAGGAGGGCAUCCAGCCUAUCCGGGUGACAAGUGGUGGUAAAGCAAAAUUCGAACUGAACAUGGCUAAAGUGCCGCCGUCCCUGCCAGCGACGUCAAAGGCGGCCUUGAAAGUCUCGUUAAUCAUUGGAACACCCAAUUACUCGCCCUUCAAAAUUAGCUUGUUCGACCUUUUCCUUCCACCGUCUCAUCCCGUUACGCCCCACCCAGAUGAGGCGUCGUUCCAUCCUCUUCCUUUCAUUGAACACACAUUCCGACCUGAACCAACUCAGCCGCCCAGGCCCAUUUCUGCUUUCUUUGUCGGCCUUGUCCUUUCUCCUUGGAUUGUUUUGUUGGGAUUGUGGGUACAGAUAUCACCUCGCGUGCCUCGGCUAUUCUCUGCCAAAAUACUUCCUUUCACCGCAACCCUUGGUGCCUUCGAGGUUUUACUUCUCUGGUACUGGGUGGAUCUCAAACUGGGAGAGGUCUUAUUGUACGGGGGUAUCCUGGGCGUUGUCAUGCUUUUUAGUGGAAAGUAUGCCCUAGCUAGUAUCUCUGAACGUAGAUUGGGAUCCCAAAAGUAG